AUGGCCACGUCUUCCUCAUCAAAAGAGAGCGCCAACACGCUCAACCCUCGCACAACAUCAUACGAAUUCUGUGGUCCUCCAGGCGCACUCGCAGUUUCUCUAGGCGUUCCAUUCCUUACCUAUGCCUUGUAUUUCUCUUGUUCGGAAGCUGCGGGCGGAUGCCCUCCUGCUCCUUCCGUACUCCUCGACAGACUCAGCGCUGCUGUCACUGACCUCAACUGGUGGAAGAGCCUAUGGGAUACAGAGGCCGCACUCAUGUACCUCGAAUGGUACGCUUUCUGCGUCGCUACAUGGGCCCUCCUUCCCGGCGACUGGAUAGAGGGCGUAACGAUGCGUACAGGAGAGAAGAAAAAAUAUAAAAUUAACGCUUUCUCAACGUUCUUGCUUUCUCUUGGUCUCGCGUUUGGUUAUAUCUUUACCAACGGUCCUAAAAGCUUCACGUUUAUUUACGAAAAAUGGACUGGAUUCGUCACUGCUUCAGUCUUGAUGUCUGUAGCGCAGGGCUUAUAUGUCUACAUAUCUUCUUUUGGCGAGGGGAAACUCCUUGCGUUAGGAGGUAAUUCCGGAAAUCCCAUCUACGAUUUUUACAUCGGUCGGGAAUUAAACCCAUCCAUCGGCUCUUUCGAUAUCAAAUCCUUCAAUGAACUCCGACCAGGUCUAAUUCUCUGGGCACUCAUCGACAUCAGCAUGCUCUGCGAACAAGCCGUCCGACGCGGAGGUUUCGCCAACGUCACCGACUCUCUCUACCUCGUCCUCCUCUUCCAAGGUCUAUACAUCGCAGACGGUUUAUACAACGAACCCGCCAUUUUCACGACAAUGGAUAUCACGACCGAUGGAUUUGGUUUCAUGCUUGCUGUAGGCGACCUCGCUUGGGUUCCAUUUGUUUAUUCCCUACAAGCUCGGUACCUCGUGUUCCACCCCGUUGAGCUUGGAUGGUUCUGGUGUGCGGCGAUCGUUGGUGUGAACUUGCUUGGGUAUUAUAUAUUUAGGGAUGCGAAUGGAGAGAAGAAUGAUUUUAGGAAUGGUCGGAACCCGAAGAACCUCAGUUACUUCCAGACAGAACGCGGCACCAAGCUACUCACAAGUGGCUGGUGGGGCCGCUCGCGACACCCGAAUUACUUUGGCGACAUACUCAUGGCCCUCGCAUGGUCUCUCCCAACAGGCUUCGACACACCCAUAACGUACUUCUACGUCACCUACUUUGCUGUCCUACUCAUUCAUCGCCAGAUGCGCGAUGAUGAGAAUUGUGAGAAGAAGUAUGGAAAGGAUUGGGAGACGUAUAAGAAGUUGGUGCCGUAUCGUAUUAUACCUUAUGUGUAUUAA